AUGGAAGGUUCGUACAACACCUCCAGUGACAAGGCUUCAUACAUCACCUCCUUUAACGACAGUGAACCAGAUGACUACUACUAUUUGCCCGAAAGUGAUUUCCCAUAUCACACAGAUGACCCCUACUAUUGGCCCGAAAGUGAUUUCCCAUAUCACACAGAUGACCCCUACUAUUGGCCCGAAAGUGAUUUCCCAUAUCACACAGAUGACCCCUACUAUUGGCCCGAAAGUGAUUUCCCAUAUCACACAGAUGACCCCUACUAUUGGCCCGAAAGUGAUUUCCCAUAUCACACAGAUGACCCCUACUAUUGGCCCGAAAGUGAUUUCCCAUAUCACCCAGAUGACCCCUACUAUUGGCCCGAAACUGAUUUCCCAUAUGAGCCAGACCGCUACCUUUCAGAAGCUGUACUUGAGGCGUCAUGGAUUGUCAUCUCCAUCAGCAUUCCUCUGAUUUUAGUGGCCAUCCGUGCUCUGUAUUCUCUGGUGCGAGACAACCAUGUUGUUCCAGUCUACGUCAUCAACCUCCUCAUCUCUGACCUCAUCCAGAUGUGCUGCUUUGUCAUGUUGCUGGCAGCACCCCAACACUUAAUUUUGACCUCCACUCGUCUUUAUUACGCUGGUUUGAUGGCCAGCGUCGGCUCCCUGGUGUGUGUAGCCAUGGAAAGGUAUUUGCUCAUCGCCUGGCCAGUGUGGUACCGCUUGAGACGAAACGUCAAGGUCUCUCUGGUGGUCUGUUUCAUGGUCUGGGUUAUCCCCUCAGUUUAUUUCAUUCUCUUCUUCUGCACAAUUGAUAGUGUGAUCCAAGACAUCCUCCUGUCCAGCUACGUCCUCCUGCCCUUUCCCCUGCUCAUCUUCUUCCUGGCUGGGAGCCUCAAAGCCCUGUCCUCCUCCAUCUCUGUUGCCCCUGAGGAAAAACGGCUUAUUGUGGGAACCUUGGUUCUGGUGCUGCUUAACUAUGCACUGUUCCUGCCCUCGAUCAUUUUGCUCCUGUAUAUGACAGUCAUGAAAUGUUCAAAUGCUCCCUUCAUCUUACUUCAGUUCAGUCCCUUUAUCGACUUGGUUCUGUAUGUUUUCAUGAUGAAAGGGGCUGUAGACAAGCUGCUGGCCUACCUGUGUCGAUGCAGAAUGACCACAGAGCAAGAGCAGGGGCAGAUCCCCACUGUGGACAGCAUCACUCCACAAAUGGCAGCUCCAUAUGUAGAGAAACCAGGGAAUAUCCAGGUGAGUGUGAGGAAGCAGGCCCAGGGUCCAGUGAAGUGGUGGCAGGAAAAAACAGGAACAGAUGACUAG